AUGGAAGAACCUUAUUACGAAUCUGUAUUAAAAAAGGAGAAUAAAAUUGAAUAUGUUGAUAAUUUAUAUUUAUCAAAAAAUAUAUUAAAUAACAAAGAGAAUGCAUUAAAUUAUUUUUAUACAUCACCUUUUUACACAUCACGAAGUCACUUAUCUUUAAAUGAAAAAAUUAGAUCAGGAAAAAAUAUUAGUGAUGAUGAAGAGGGUUAUAUUUUUGGUGUAACUUAUGACAAUUUAAGUAUUUUAAAGAGUAAUGAACCAAAUGAUUUAGUAAAUAUUCAUAUAUAUUAUAAUACAAAUUCAAUAUUUCAUAUUUCAUUAACCCAUAGAUUUAAAUUAAAAAAUAUAAUUUGUAGUAAAACUGUUCAAAUGUUCUGCAUUUUUAAUGGAAAAAUUUAUAGUUCACGCUCAUUUGGAGAAUUACUCACUAAUAAAAUAAAUAACAUUGUAAGAAAUGUGGAGAAUUUUUUUGAUUGUGUUAAUAAUAUGAUGAAUUUUAAUAUAACAUCAAACUAUUAUUUUGAAAGUAAAAUAGAUGAGGAAAUAGAUGAUAUAUACAAAAAUUAUCAACUUGAAGAUGUGUUUGUUUCUACAAAAAAAACAAACAGUUAA